AUGACGCUGCAGCAGGCGGCGGUGCGGUCGCUGGGCCUCAUCGCGGCAACCGUGGUGGGCGUGGUGGUAGGGAACAAGCUGCUGGCGCUGGUGGGAGCGCAGCUCGAGGCGGUGAACGAGCGGAUGCGGCGCAGCAGCGGGCUGGAGUUGCUCUUUGCCACGGCGUUGGCCUCGGUGCACCGCCCCGCGCUGGUGCUGCUGCCCUGGUACGGCUUCUUCUACAUCCUGCUGGUGGCCUCCGCCUUUGCCGACGUGGUAGUGGCCCGCCUGGACAGCAGCGUGCACACCAUGUCGCACCUGGCGGCCGCCCAGCUGCUGGACUUCUUCAACCACACCUCCCAGCUGAUGCAGGACACGUCGGAGCUGGUGCUCAUCAUCUUCUCGGCCUGGUUCCUCAUCUCCUGGAAGGAUCACGUGAUCAAUACGGUCCUGGCCAAGAUGCAGAGCAGCACGGGCGACGAGCCCAACCUGGCCCGCGUGCUGGUGCCCUUCAGCAACCUGCUGUCAUGGGCCAUCGUCGUGGCCUCCUCCAUGGUCACCCUCAACGCCUUUGGGGUCAACGUGCAGCCCCUGCUGGCCGUCGGCAGCAUCGGCACGGUGGCCGUCGGUUUUGCGGCGCAGAGCACGAUGCAAAACGUGGUGUCGGCGCUGCAAAUCUACUCGUCCCGCCCCUUCAUCGUGGGCGACCGCAUCCAGCUGAAGAGCCUGGGGGGGUCGGUCAUCGUGGCAGGCAAGCUAGGCAGACAGCUGCAGCAGGAGCGGAAGCUGCUCUGA